AGUUGAGUUCAGUUUCCGCCAUUUCUAUCUGAAAGCAAUGCACGUAGCCUCGUCGUCCAUCUCCUUAAAUUCACCAAUUAAUUAAUCUCUUCCUUUAAAGAUAAACUCUCAAGUUCAUCAAACUGUUUCCAUAAUCUCUUCUUCUUCAACUAGUUUAUUCUUUUGUUCAGAUCCCAUUUAAUAAAGCAAACCUGAGAUUUUUUUUUUUAUAUUUAUUUAAUUCCCAUAUAUAAAUUGAAAAAAUGAGAGUUAUCUUAUAGUAUUAUUAAUCUACUAAAGAUCAAGAUAGCUGUUUUGCUUUCUCUAUCGCCAUGUGUUCUUCUUCUUCUUCUUCCUCUCUUUUUUUUUAAAAUGUUUUUAUUUUUCUUGAGUGGAGAGAGUAAGUACUAAAUGAAGCUAUAGAUAGAUUUCCAGAUCUAAUAAACGUCGUGUUCAUGAGAUUUUUGUGAGAAAGGAAAAGCUCUUUUGUCGUUUUUUGGCUGUCAAAAAUCAGAAAUUCUUAUUCUGAAAAUUCAAAGAAGAAGAAGAAGAAAAUGGGUCAUUACGCAACAGUGUGGGAUCAAAAAGAAGCAAGUGAGAUAAUCAAAGAUUGGAAUGGCGUUGACCAAGUCCUUCUCAGAAACCCACAUGGUGCUUCUGCCAAGAUUAGUUUACAUGGAGGACAAGUGGUUUCAUGGAGGAAUGAACAAGGAGAAGAGCUUCUUUUCACCAGCAACAAGGCUUUAUUCAAACCUCCAAAAUCAAUGCGUGGAGGGAUUCAGAUUUGUUAUCCUCAGUUUGGUGAUUGUGGAUUACUGGAUCAACAUGGGUUUGCAAGGAACAAAAUUUGGGUUAUCGAUGAGAAUCCACCUCCACUUUACUCAAACGAAUCCACUGGAAAAUCCUUUGUUGAUCUUCUUUUGAAACCAUCAGAAGAUGACUUAAAGCUAUGGCCUCAUAGUUUCGAGUUCCGUCUCAGGGUUUCGCUUGCUGUAGAUGGCGACUUAACCUUAGUUUCUAGGAUUAGAAACAUCAAUGGCAAGCCCUUUAGCUUCUCAUUUGCAUAUCACACUUACCUCUCUGUCUCUGACAUAAGUGAAGUGAGAAUUGAAGGGUUGGAAACAUUGGACUACUUAGACAACCUCAGCAAAAGAGAGCUUUUGACAGAACAAGGCGAUGCAAUAACCUUUGAAUCCGAGAUGGACCGGACUUACCUUAGAUCACCAACGGUAGUUGCAGUUCUCGAUCAUGAACGGAAAAGAACAUAUGUUAUCGGAAAAGAAGGUCUUCCAGACACUGUGGUGUGGAAUCCAUGGGAGAAGAAAUCGAAAACAAUGGCGGAUUUUGGGGAUGAUGAGUACAAAACCAUGCUUUGUGUGGAUGGUGCAGCAGUUGAGAGACCGAUCACUUUGAAGCCAGGAGAAGAAUGGACCGGCCGGCUAAUGUUGACCGCGGUUAAAUCCAGUUUCUGCUUCGAUCAACUCGAACUACAGAGCAAAGGAUUCUGACUCUACUCUGCAGUUUCUGCAGCUUUUUUUGUAAUGCAACAGUGGAAGAGCAGAGGCACCGUUUCUAUUAAUUCUCUUUAUUUUGUUGAUUCUCGUUUUCUCACAGUAGAGCUUAUGAGCUGGUGAUUUCUCAGACCAGUCUCGUGAUGUAGGGACAGUAAAAGCCUCUGGUCUUUUUUUUUCCUCGGCUUAAUGUAAGAAUGUGUGUACAAGGUGUGUUCAAUCCGACUUCUCAUUCAAAUGAA